UCUAUCUCGAUAUUAAGACAAGAAAAUUUUUGUGGGAUAUGCUAGCCCAACGUAAAAAUUUGAAAACAUCAAUGUUAAGACUUAGUUUACACGCGAUCUAAGACAUCGAAGGGUUCGUGUGGCCAAGCAUACAUCUCGGCGAUGCUGCCUCAAGCACUAGUGGAGGAUUAGCAACUCACUGCUCAACAAUGCAUAGAUCUUUAGAGGCCAUCUUCUCGAUCGAUAGCAAAAUCCCACAUGGAGUGAAACUUGGACGUAGAUAUUCCGUCGACUUGACGCAUUUAACAAUCACGAAACCCUCGCUUGCACCCAGGCUAUCGACGUCAAAGCCAAAUCUCAACAGUAAUUCGGUUCAAUCUAUUCGACAUUUAAUCAAAGCGACUUGUAUCGAAGUAUUCACUGCUUCAGAGAUUUCUUCGCCUCUUCUUGCCAGCGAGGCUAGCUGUUAAUUAUUCACUCUGAAGACUACUAACAAUUGCGACAAGUAACAGGUAUUCAAUCAUGCUGCUCUCGUUGCCUGUAGCCACUCUAACAACCGCAGUCAGGAAUCUGGUGACCUUCCCAUGGCAAAAUGGGAAUGGUGGUUAAGCGUAUUCUUUGAGUAUCUUCAUAUUCCGCAUGGUGUCUAAUCGUCUGGCAUGAUUUGGAGCAUACAGACCAGUUUACUGCGUGUCAUACCUUGCUGUUGCUCAAAUGUUGAGAUAUUUCUGGCCAGGCUAAAAGUGAUGAAACGUUCUUAUCAUCACUGCUUCGGCUCUCGAGGAAAAUUUGCUGUUAUAUCACGCUGGAAUGUUGAAGCGCAGCGAGAAAUCUUUACCUGACGUCAUUGAAACGAAGCAGCACAGCACCUCACUUCACCAUGUAAGGUAGAAUAGACUGUUUACAUUGGUAGCACUAGUGAAAAUCACACAAGAAACGCAAAAAUUCAUCUUUAUAUCGUCUCCAGACUCUCAUCACCGUUUGGAUCGGCCAAUAAUGUGACCACUCUGGUUCGAGCUUGUGCUGAAAAUUGCAACCGCCUGCGCAAGACCUGUAAAGUAUACAUAGUUUUCAGUCAGUUCAAGAUCGCCUUCGAGCGAUGAAAAUAAACUAGAUAAGCUGUCUCUCCUAAGUACGAGCAGGAUGUUCU